AUGAGAGCUGUAACAGAGAACAAGAAAGUAAGUUUAUCCAAGAUAACUAAUUAUGGCAGUAGUGGUGACCACGAUGGUGGUGAUGACGAUAGUAGUGAUGGUUAUGUUGAUAGUACUGGUGAUUAUGGGGAGGGUGGUGGUGAGGAUGAUGAUGGUGCUGAUGAUGAUGAUGCGAUGUUAUAUAACGAUAGAAUUGCGCGUCCUAUGUUGAGAGCUUGA